CUUGCUGGCGCAGCGUUGGUUCUGUGGGCGUCAGUGAAGUCUGUUGAAAGCAUCGUUUGUUGAAAGUACUUUAAAAGGCUCCAGUACAGCUAUGGUGCAACUACAUGUAAAGCGUGGGGAUGAGAGCCAGUUUCUCUUCACUACAACAGUGGAUGUUCCAGUGGAAGAGCUGACCAAGCAAGUUACAGCUAUUUAUAAUGGGAGGCUAAAGGUGGACAGGAUUUGCUCAGAAAUGAAGGAGCUGGCAGAACAUGGAGUAACCCUCCCUCCGAACAUGCAAGGACUGACGGAUGAGCAGAUUACGGAGCUGAAGUUACGGGAUGAUUGGGCAGUGAAGUGUGUGCCCUCUGGAGGAGCUGAGUUUAAAAAGGAUGAGAUUGGAAGAAGGAAUGGUCAUGCACCAAAUGAAAAAAUGAAACAAGUUUUACUAAAAACAGUCGAACAAGCUAAGUCAUUAAUUUCCAAGAAACAAGUUCAAGCUAAUGAGUGUGUUACACUGGGGAUGGUGAAAGAAGCGCUUGACCAGCUGCGUGGAGCUGUUAUGAUUGUUUAUCCUAUGGGACUGCCUCCUCAUGACCCAAUCAGGCUAGAGUUUGAGGAUCGAGAAGAUCUGUCGGGGACGCAGGCAGCUUUGCAGUUGAUUGCAGAUUCAGAGGCUCAGUUGUGGUGGGCAGCAAAGGAGUUGCAUCGAGGGAAGAAACUAACAGAAUAUGUGGGCAAAAAUGAGAAAACUAAAAUUAUUGUAAAGAUACAAAAGCGAGGACAGGGGGCACCAGCUCGUGAGCCAGUAAUCAGCCCAGAGGAACAGAAGCAGAUGAUGAUGUAUUACUCCAGGCGUCAGGAGGAACUUAAGAAGCUGCAAAAAGCUGAUGAUGACUCUUACUUUGACUCUGAAUGGGCUGACAGGCAUUCUUUAAAAAAGCAGUUUCAAGGUCUUGGUGAUAUCAAAUGGGGACCAAGAUAAUUAAUGCAAGUUCCUGUGUUCCUUAAUUUCAAUGGUCAUUUUUCCCUGUAAAUGAUACAAGUAUCAGUUUUGGCUUUGCUUGUUACCACGGCAGGAUGCAUUCUUCAUUUAUGUGAGAUGGUAUUGACUGUGUUGAUAUUGGCCUAUUGGCUGUUAAUUCAUAAAUGGAUUCAGUACACUAUGUUCUGUACAAUUAAAAUGUGAAGAAGUCCUGAUCUAUAAGCUGCUGCUUAUUUCUCAGCAACUGUCAGAUUGGAGCAAAUCAAUUCAACCCCCUAUUUAUAUAAUAAAUGUAUGUAUUUUUUUGUAACUUUAAACACAUACACUGUUUAGAUUUGUGAGGCUUUGGCAUUCACUUUUAUUAGAUUCUGUUUUGAACAUACUAUUUAUUUUAAAAUGCAGUAUACAAAGUUUGAUUUGUAAGAAGUCUAUUAAGUUAAUUAAAGCAAUUUUCUUCAUUUUAUUGUAUUUUGAUUUUCUGUCUAAGCGUGUAUACUCAAUAUCUUGUAACUGCUGUCCUUAGAUCCACAUAUUGGGGGUGCCAGUCAUCUUGUCAGCCAUACAUUUUCAGUUAAAUGAAUAGGAAAAGAAAAUCCUGUGGUAAAGUAGUAUUUUCUUUAAAAUUAGAUACUUUAAAUAAAUAACGCAAUCUUUUACCUUUGUCACUUAUCCCUUGGGUUGUCAUGGUUAAGGGUAGGGAGGCUCUACGGUGCCAAAGUGCAUGCUUUAUUACAUAGCUCAGACAAGAAAAUAGACUUUGUCCACUGCAUACAAGAACUUAUAAUCGGCAUGGGAUGCAUAUUUACAGAAUGGCGUGUAAAGUAUGUUACUGAUAUUAUGAAUCGUGACAUUAUUAUAAAUCACCUUGCUAAAAGAGUAGGACACAAUUUUCCCAUGUGAACUUGGAAGAACCCACACUAAUUCUUGAUAUCUUUUCUAAAAUUUUGUUAAGCAUGUAUGUAAAAGAUAACUACAGAGUGCAUCAACUGUACUAGAAGUCUGAGCAGAUAGAUGUUGAGGAUUUUACACUUGUGAGGGUGACUCUUGUCUCCAUGUAUACUAUUAACUGAUAAAAGUUUUGGCAUUUCUUUAAGGUCCUGUGAACCAGUUGCCUAAGACAAUCUGAAGUUAUGUUUCCCCUUAACCCUUUGCUGUCCAUUUAGUCACCGCCUGUGAGGUGCGCCAGGUCCAAUUUAUUUUCACACGUGCUGUUUAUUUUUUUCACAGUAAAACAGGUUUAAAAGGCAAUGCAUAUCAA